CUCCUGUACUAUUGUGUUUGUGUCUCUAACGUUUAUCGACAUCGAUCAGUGGUUAUAAUGUGCGGGUUCAUGUUCGGUGUUUUCUACAUCAUCAUAUUUUCAGCUUUACCCGGUAGUGUUCAUCCGGUUUCAAAGGAAGAUUUCCGUAAGACGUUUGGAAAAGUACACGAAGACACAAUUAAAAUAUCGAAAGAUAUUAGUUCUUUAGAUAUAAUUUCUCGAAUGAGACACUUAAACAAACAAACAAAUCAUGUAAAUGAGUCCUACAAUACAAUUAUGCAGUCUCCAAGAGAAAAUGUUACGUCAUGCACACGUGAUAUCAAUAUUUUAUUUGAUGAUCUUGCCAAAGGAAAUAUUUGGGCCUUGCAAAUGAUUGACGCCAGUUCCAAGAUCCCAUCAGGACUUCUCGCCGGGAAUCUGGUAGACCUAGGAGCGUACGACGAGUGCGUAGAACUUUCAGUGAACUCUGACGGUGUAUCCUUCACUGGAAAACAUUGCUUGGUCGUUAUGCACCUUAACUUUAAAAGUGUACCACACCUGGCAUCUCCAGGAGUGUUAUCUGCCCUGGGAAAUUCGCUGGCGUACACGUUUGCUCUGUGCUUGCCCUCCACUUGUUCCUCGCAAACACUGGAACACUCCCUGGCCACCGUUGCUCAUGACGUCAACUACUUCACGUCAUCUGAGAAUUUAACCAUCGAGUUUACCGUCAGUGGGUCUGAUUGUCACACUAAUGUCAGACCCUCACUGGAUGCGUCAGAGGUCCUUGGAAUUAUGGUGACGUUGGGCUUUGUUAUCGUAGUCAUAAUGUCCACCAUUGUAGAUCUGGCUAUAAACUAUGAAAGAACUAGAGUAGAACCAUCAAAGUGUGAACGAGCAAUCAUCGCAUUUUCACUAUAUACCAACGCCAAGCGCCUGCUGAACACAAGCUCGUCCGAAGAUACCAUCCAGGUGCUCCAUUGUCUCAAGUUUAUCAGCAUAGCGUGGGUGGUUAUCGGGCAUCGUGUCAAGUUCACCGCUCAGUCACCUCUCAGCAACCUCCUGAAGUUGGCCAGCUAUAUAGACAACUGGAGCAGUAUGAUAAUCCUAAAUGCUACAUUGUCGGUGGAUGUGUUCUUUGUCAUCAGUGGCAUACUCAAUACUUACGUCUACAUGAACAAGACAAUACCAACUAGAAAAAGUACGUUAAGCGUAUUAGCAUCCUAUGUCCAUCGUUAUGUCAGACUGACUCCCGCAUACGCUCUGAUGAUCCUGGUGACGGCGACGUGGCUGUACCGGGUGGGGGACGGGCCGGUGUGGGACCGCUUGGUCGGGCACGCCAGAGACGACUGCGUCUCCUAUUGGUGGUCCAGUCUUCUCUACAUCAACAACUACUAUAACCCCAACAACAAUUGCUUGAUGCAGUCCUGGUAUCUUGCAGCUGACAUGCAGCUGUUCUGGUUGUCCCCUCUGGUGUUGUACCCCCUCGGGCGAAGACCUCGAGUCGGUCUUGUCAUACUGUUUGUGCUUAUCAUUCUCUCGAUCUUCGUUCCCUUCUUAGUAGCCUACGAUGAUUACAUCAAAACACCCAUCCCUAUAACUUUUGACACUGCAAAAGUUGACAGAGAAAUGGCCGAACUAUACUUACCAACUCAUACUAAAACUAUAGCGUACGUUAUUGGGAUUAUUGCAGGCUACGUCUUGUACCUGGUAAAAAACAAGAAAAUUCAAAUUAAAUUACAACGGGUAACAAAUGCGUUUCUAUGGACUCUGGCGGUAGCGUCUAUGGCUUGGGCCUUGUUUGGUGGUCAUUCAUUAUUCCUGCUAGAUAGUCCCUACAGCCGCUGGCAGUCCUCUCUCUACAUUGGCUUCUACAGGUUGUUCUGGUCUGCUGGUAUCGCUUGGCUAAUAUUAGCUUGCACUAUAGGAUACGGAGGAUUUCUCAACAAGAUAUUCUCGUUGCCUGUGUGGGUGCCUCUAGGCCGCCUCACUUAUUGCAUCUACCUGACACAUGUGGCGGUCAUUCUUUACAGCAUAGGUGGCAUGCGAAAACCUCAGCAUUUUUCGUACUACAACAUGAUUCUAAAAUUCCUAGGAGAACUAAUAAUAUCCACCAUUUUGGCAGCCAUCCUGUCACUGAUGAUAGAGGCACCUCUUAUGGUCCUGGAGAAAGUUAUUUUUAGUCCAAGACGAAAAAGACUAGCAAAACGCUUUUCUGGGAAUGCAACAUCUGACAGUACCACUUCCAUUCAACUACCAAAAGCAUUAAACACGGCUUGAACGGAAAUAAAUGAUCUGAUGACCAUGUGUAAAUUAAAUAAAUUUAGUUAAAAUAAAAAUAUUUAACGCAUU